GCCACGAAUGUAACAUAUCAAGAUAGGAUAGCCGCAUUUGGUCCACGUCUUACUGACGAAGGUCUUUUUGGCAACCUUGUAUCUGUAGGAACAAUCGAGAAUGAGGGUGACAAUCAGAAAGGAUGUAAUAGGCUUAAAAAAAAAUACGAUAAUGAUAAAUGGAUAGCUCUUAUUGAACGCGGUCAGUGUUCUUUUAUCGAUAAAGUGCGAAACAUGCAAGCAUCCGGGGCUAUUGCCGUCGUAGUUGGGGACAACGAACACAACGGUCUGAUUACUAUGUAUGCCACUGGGGAUACUUCUGAUGUAAAAAUCCCGUCAGUAUUUGUUGCCCAAACUGAAUAUAGAGACCUCAAAUCUCUCUCAUUGAUUGCUAAAGCGCCGCGUCAAAGACGCAAACAAGAUAUUACCCCUCAACAGGUUGUCGACAACCUUCCAACGAAAAUCUUUUAUCGCUCAAAGAGGCAAGAUAAUGAACCACAAGAAUGCGUCAUUUGUUUAGAAGAUUUUGUUGAUGAAGUCGAGCUAAAAAUUAUGCCUUGCAAACAUGAAUAUCAUGUCGAAUGUAUCGAUAGUUGGUUAAAAACAAAGAGAUUU